GGAUUGCCCAUACGGUCGAGGCCAGCCUCACUGGUCGGCAAUCCUGUGUCCCCACACGCGGUCUGCUCACGAAAUUCCGAAUAUAACAAUUCUUUCGGAGUAUUCCGUGUGUCGUGUGUGUGCGGCUCGCAAUUGUGCCUAUAGCGCGCGCGGCACAAAAAACCCAUUUGUACAGCAAAACAAAUGCACAAUAUUGGCAAACAUUAAGGAAACGCGCGUCGAUCGGAGCAUACCGUGCAGUGCAAGGUAGUGCAUUGCAUUGCAUAGUGCCAAGCGCCGCGAAUUUCGCGGGGUCCAUUCAUCCGCUAGCAACUGAUCAGCCGAGACGACGCCGAAAUGGAUCGAGAUGAGCAGUGAUCAUCGCCAGCGCAGUGAGCAUUGUCACCCCGUAGCGAAGGGGCUUUGUCAUCGGCAAGACGAGGGAAAGCAGAUAAAUUUCAAUUUGCAGCAGGAGCUUAACAGCUAAGCCUUUUACAACGCAAAGAUGAGCCUGCUUGCUGAUAAGCACCGCCGGAACCCGACGCCGACCAUCGUGGCACUGCAGGUGCCCACGAACGGCGAUACCGCGCGAGUGUACGUUUUCGACAACGACGAGAAGAAUCCGCAGGACCAUAUGGCCAUGGCCCGGCGAAAAGACCUCUUUCAUUGUCUAUGCAGCAUGUUCGCGACGUUCUCGUUUGGAAUCAUGUUGGGAUGGCCCGCGUCUACGUAUCCAAAUCUAUUGGACCCCAUCUACACGACCUAUCCGUUUGACCCACAAGGAAACUUCACCAUUCCCAGCAAUCCGGACGCGCCACUUCCGCAGCCAUUUCUGGUCACAUUCGUGCAGAGUCCUUUGAUUGCUGGUCUGCUCAUGGUAGGCGUCAUCGUGGCCACACCGUUCUCCUCGCACCCAUAUACCAUCUAUUCCAUCAAACACGGUUUGCUCAUUACACUGCUGGCGAUGGUCCUGGGAUGGUUCGUCAUGUGGCAGGCCUCAAACAUCUUCCAUCUCAUGAUCAGCAGGUUUAUCAUCGGUCUGGCGAAUGGUUAUGCAGUUGGGCAGAUCAAAGUUUACAUUCAACAUUCCUCGCUUGCGCCCAGAUCGAAAAGCCUGAUGAGCAAAAUGCUCAAUAUUAUGAUGCUCGCAGGUGUCACGUGCGCGUACGUUAUGGGUAUCUGGUUAGACUUCGAAGGGUUCUCCAUUGGCGCAUUGGUGAUAACAACCGCCUUCUAUAUCCUGACUUAUUUCUUGCCAUUAGGUGACUUGGGUGAUAGUAAAAUACAAUUUAUUGAACGUGUGCCCGAACGAGUUGAACCGGGCGGGUACCGUGUGGGCGACGGUAUUCUAACACUCUUCAGAACUCCGCAUCUGAAGCGGUCUACAUGGUUGUUGGUUAUCGUCACAUUCAUUCAACAGUUUUCGGGAGCUCCCGCCACGAUUGUUUACUCGCAGGUGCUCCUGCUAAACAUGGGGCUACCCCCACCUUCCGUUCCCUAUUGUGCGGUAAUAUAUCUCCUCUGUUACAUACUCGCAUAUGUAUUGGGUCUAUUCUAUUUCUGCACGUUGUCAUAUACGAAGAAGCGUGCCUUGCUUCUAUUUUCGAUGGUGACCAGUAUUUUGGCAUUGGUACUUAUAAUAAUGAUACUCCAUUUGGACCUUCGUCAGACACACGUAUACAUUCCACUGGUGGGCAUGUGCUUGUUCAUAUUCUUCUAUGGUAUUGGCCUUGGUAGUAUUCCACCAAGUUUCGUCGAACACCUGUUCGACCCGCAAUGGAGAAAUUGCGCUGGAGAGUUACAAUUGUUGUGCUUCUCUCUAUUCGCCAUCAUUAUAACCAAGCUCCUGCAGGUCUUCAUCGGGGAAUUUCCUUUGGAGUACGCGUUCGUCCUAUAUACAUGCGUUGCCACCGCAGGGAUACCAUUUGUCCUGCUAUGCCUUCCCAAAAAGCCCCCACAUUGAACAAAUUCAUCAUUGGUACUUAGAAAAUCCGCCAUUACAGGAAACCGAGAUCUUUACCCAGUGCACCCACUCAAAUGCAACAAGUGCAAAGAGUCUCGCAUACAUAUUUAUGACCAGUAUUACAACCCAGCGAUAUUAAUUCUAGUGUGUGAUUGAUUGUAUCAUAAUAAACUAAUUGCAAUAUUGA